AUGAAGCGGAUCAAACAACAACAUAAUUUUGCCGAAUCUAUUGAUUUGCAAAUAAAAAAGUCGCGAAUAAAACUUGAGAAAGACGACUCAUUAAAAAUCUAUUUGGAAAAUUUAUCAAAUGAAAUUUUCUAUGAAAUUUUUGAUUAUCUUGAUAGUUGUGAUUUAUAUAAAGCAUUUUCAAAUCUUAAUAUUCGUUUUCAAAAUCUUAUAUUUCGUUCAUCAUUUCCACUUAAAAUUAAUUUUUGUGCAAAAUCAAAAUCAAUAAUUGAAGAAUAUUGUCAACAUCUAAUCAUUCCAAAUAUACAUCGUAUUAUUUCAUUUAAUUUAAGAAGUGAAUUAGUUAUUGAUCAAUUUUUUCAAUAUUGUACUAUUAAUUCAUCAUUUAAUCGUCUUGAAUCAGUUAUUCUUCAAGAACUAACAGAUCGACAACUUUUAACAAUGCUCUUCUAUUUAAAUUCUCUACCUCGUCUCUUUUCACUGACUAUCGAUAUGGAAGAAGAUUAUUAUUAUAAUCUCGGUGAUACUUAUCGAUUAAUUUUUUCUUUAUCUAAAUUAAAAUAUAAUAAAAUGUCAUUAUUUGGUUAUGAAGAAUUAUUUAUUGAGAUGCCAAUUAUUCUCAAUGAAAGAUUUAGUACUAUUGAAUAUUUAAUUAUUGAUUACAGUUGUACAUUAAAUCAACUUGAUUAUUUACUUUGUCAUACACCCCGACUUUGCCAUCUGAGAUGUGAGCGAUUGGUUGAAUCUGAUGAAAAUGUUAAAAAAAAUCAAUCAACAACAUUAUCUCAUUUAACAUAUAUUUCUAUUGGUGAAUGUCAAGUUGAAUUUGAUGAUUUUGAAAUGUUCUUCAAAGAAAUAUCAUUUCAAUUAAAAGUAUUGUAUAUUUCUAUAUCUUGGAAUAUGUCUUAUCUUGAUGCUAAUCGAUGGGAACAAUUGAUAAAAAAGUAUAUGCCACAAUUAAAAAAAUUUCAUUUUACUUACGAUCAAUAUAUUGAUGAUAUUUUGAAUAUAAGUUCAGGUCAUGAAUUCAUUAAUCAAUUUACUUCAUCAUUUUGGCUUGAACAAAAAUGGUUUUGUCAACUAAAAAUUGAUCGAGGAGACAUAAUUUUCUUGAUUCAGCCAUACAAAAAAGAAUGGUUUAAUUUCUAUGAAUAUAUAGGCAAUGAUACAUAUUUUAAACUCAAAUUCAUACAAAAUAAUGAUGAUAUUUUUAAUCAAAACACGACUAAUAAUUGUUUCAUUCAAAUGACUGUCGAAGAUUAUAUUUUGACCGAACGAUUUCAAUUAAACAUCAACAAAUUGAAGGCUACUUUUAUUGCAAUUAGAUUUACUCAUUUAAAUAUUAAUAAUAAUAAUAUGUGUAUUAGUAUGUUAAUCGAAAUUCUACGUCUAUUACCUAAUCUUGAAUCAUUGAAAAUAUCAUCUUUGUCAAUGCUUCAAUCAACAGUUUUAUCUUUUGAAGAUAUAAAAAAAUAUAUUUUAAUAUCAAUCAUUAAUAAAAUUACAAAAGUCAAACUUGAUAAAAUUACUGAAAAAAAACAAAUUCAAUUUCUUAUUAAUCUUUGUCCACGUAUGCAAUAUUUCGAAGUGGAUUGCAUGUCAAAUGCAGAUCUUAGCACGUUCAUGACAUUUAUUUUAAUAAAUCAAAUGACACAUAUUCCUAAUCUUUGUUUUUUAUGUCUAAAUGUUCCUAAUGCAAACGAAAACAUGAUAAAAAAUUUAGCAAUGACAAUUGAACUGGAGACAAUCAUUGAUAAAUUUAAAAUUCAACGUAUAGGUAAUAAAUUUUUCUUAUAUUGGAAAUAG